AUUUUACAUUUUCUACAGAGCGGAGAAUAACAGAGAAAAAAAAAGAGCAGAGGAAACAAAAGCAAGCAAAAAAGAGUUGCCAUGGAAGCUCUUAUUGCUCCCACUUCCUUCUUCCUCCCCAUCUCCAACUCUUCCUCACACAUUAUCAAUAACAGAUUCUUCCCUUCAUUUUCUUCUCCCAACUUAAAUUUGGGGACUUUUCGGAAAACUUAUACCUCCUUGUCAUCAUCACACAUCGUCUACUCCUCUUCUGCAAUUUCCGCACCGCCUUCUUCUACUGCUUCUCCUACCCGAAACAGCUAUUGGAUGGUGUUAUUGGAUAAACCUCCGCAAUGGGUUUCUUCCAAAUCAGACAUCGUUGAUUAUUAUGUCGAGAUUCUUGCGAAAGUACUGGGAAACGAAAAAGAUGCCCAAGUGAGUAUAUAUGAUGCUUCCUUUGAUACCCAUUUCGGGUUUUGUUGUUAUAUCGACGAAGAUGCUUCACGCCAGCUCUCUCGUUUACCUGGAGUAGUGUCUGUUAGACCUGAAGCGGGUUACAGUUCAGAGAAGAAGAAUUAUGGUUUUGGGAAUCAGACAUGUGUUUCAUUGUUUGAUCAUGGGACAGUGAAACAUUGGAUGGUUCGAAUAGAUAAGCCAGGAGUUGGGAUUGUUACUAAAGCACAGAUGGUUGAUCAUUGUGUUCAAUUGCUAUCCAAGGUUUUGUGCAAUGAAAAGGAUGCACAGAUGUGUCUUUAUCAUGUUUCCUGGCAGUCUGAUUUCGGAUUUUGUUGUGAUCUCGAUGAGAAUAGUGCCGUGGAGUUAGCUGGCGUACCUGGUGUUCUUGCGGUUGUUCCUGAUAACAGUUUCGAGUCACUAAACAAAGACUAUGAAGGGGAUAGUACACAAGCUUCACGAGAUCAAGAUGAUUCAGAGUCUCCUCCCAUAAAGACGAAGAAGCUGUUUAUAACUGGACUGUCUUUCUACACAUCUGAGAAGACAUUACGUGCAGCAUUUGAAGGGUUUGGUGAACUAGUGGAAGUCAAAAUAAUUAUGGACAAGAUAUCAAAGAGAUCAAAAGGCUAUGCCUUUCUAGAGUACACGACAGAGGAAGCCGCAAGCGCUGCACUAAAAGAGAUGAAUGGAAAGAUUAUUAAUGGGUGGAUGAUAGUAGUAGAUGUAGCCAAGACCAAACCAUUCAGGCAAAACAGAAGUCAACCGAGUUCGGGGUUCUAGAAACGAAUCUUAGGUCAUAUGAGCAUGGGGAUUGGAGAUGCUUCAGGCCAAGAAAGAAAAGGCAUUCAGUGUCAUGUUUCAAACUAGAUCGAGGCUAUAAGAGGGUGUAGAGUGCCAGCUCCAAAAUAGAAACAUGGCCUCUAUCCACAUUUUGCUGUAGGAAUUGCACUUUCACUCAUCUUUUGUAGCUGCCAAAUUUAUUAGAAUUGGCAUUAUUUUAGCCAUUUAGGAACUUGAAACACACAAAAGUUGCUUCUUCUAUAAAUUAAAUGGUGCUAAGAACAAAUUUUGCUAAAAA